GCCUCCUGUAUACGUCCAUUCUCCGCCGCUGACACGACGGCGCCACCAUAGACAAACAGUGGCGCGGCCUUCUUCCACGGCACAUUGCGGAGGAAGGAGACUGGAAAGGAAAUGUCUUUUGUAUUCUUCGCAUGCUGAACUCGGAGACGGAAACCGAUGCUUCAAGGUCGGUGGGAGACACGAGAAGACUUUCCCAUCAUUUUUCGGUCUCGAUUGUUCUAUUUAAGGAAGGUGGAAUCACAGUAGACAACGAAAAUACAGCGCGAUGAUCUUUACAUAUCAUUUCGGUAAAUAUAAUAAAAAGAAAUCGAUGACCGAAGACGAGAGCCAGCGAAAAAGGCGCAUCUUUUCAGUUUCUUGUUAAUAAUAGGUGCCAGUUUAGAGAGAGAAAUGGGGAUCGAUUGGUUCGGCUUGUGGCCUUCGCUUUGUGUUUUGGUGGCGAAGAAAGGGAAGAUUGUGCGACAGAGGAGGAGGAGCGGCGGGAUCUGAGGCAAGAGGCGGUCGUUGUCGUCAUCAAUGGCGGUCUCCUGGUUCUCCGCCGUCAGGAUUACCCUCCUCGUGCUCCUCGCUGUUGCUACCGCUGCCGCCUUCUUUACGCUUCCUGUCGAAAAGAUUCUGAGGGAGUUCUUGGUCUGGAUAAAGCAGAAUCUUGGUCUAUGGGGACCUGCUAUGUUGGCCGUUGCUUAUAUUCCUUUAACUAUACUUGCUGUUCCAGCUGCAGUACUUAGUCUUGGUGGUGGAUAUCUAUUUGGGUUGCCGAUAGGCUUUCUUGCUGAUUCAAUUGGAGGAACACUUGGUUCUGUGGCUGCAUUUUUGCUUGGUAGAACUUUAGGAAGGCCCUACGUCAUCUCCAAAAUGAAUGACUAUCCUGAUUUCCAAGCUGUUGCAGUAGCAAUUGAGAGAUCUGGCUUUAAGAUUGUGUUGCUACUUAGGCUGGCACCUUUGAUUCCAUUUUGCUUGUUGAAUUACUUCCUAUCUGUUACACCGAUCGGCCUUGCAGAAUACACAAUGGCUUCUUGGCUAGGAAUGAUGCCAAUUACUCUUGUCCUGGUGUAUGUCGGUACUACUUUGGAUGACCUAGCUGAUGUUACACAUGGAUGGAGUGAGGCUUCAACUGCUCACUGGGGAACUAUGGUAGCUGGAUUAGUGAUAUCUGCCAUCCUUAUGGUCUGCGUGACAAGAGAAGCAAAGGCUGCUCUUCAAAAGGCUUUAGCUGAGAACUUAGAGGCUGAGGACAUCCUCAUCAUGUCGCCAUCGCCGUGGCUACCAUCCUUGUUGCAACCUUCUUCAGAUCUAAGGCAACCUCUUAUGAUCAAGAUCGAGACUUGAGACAUCGACAAGAAAAUCAAUUUCUUAUUUCGAUCUGUAAAUCCCUUGCCACCAAUUUUGUUGGUCAUAGAUUGUGGCUCUA